CUUAUUUGGGUCCUCAAGUAUAGUAAACAACACCAGUUAGCGAGCAGAGCCGAAACGAAUUAGAAUUUAACACUGAAUGCGGUUUGAGUUUAGAAUAUAUCAUGGAUGAAAGUGAACUAGAGAGGAAAGCAGUGGAGGAACUCCUUAAAGAAACUAGUCGAGCAAAAGUCCGUGCCGAGACGAUGGGUGCUACUGGAUGGAUGAAAUGUCCUCUUGGAAGCACAAACAAGCGUUUUCUGCUGAACACUCUUCGUUCUUCUGCUCUGACGCGUCAGCCUGCGAAUCAGCGCGCUUCUGAGAGGGAAAGAGAUGAGCAUAAGUACAAAAGAGCUUGUGAAAAACAUCGUAACACGGACUGUGAAAAGUGCAAUCACAAAAAAGACUAUACACACAGAAGAUACCACUCUGACUCUCAUUCACACACUUCAAAACACCGCUCUACCUCACACAGUCAUUCAUCAUCCCGAUGCCACUCCCCACACCUCUCCCGGAAAUCCAAAAGGACUCGAUCUCGCUCACCAGUGCGGGACAGUUCUCCAGAUGUCAAAAAAUACACUGACAGAGGGGGGAAAUGAUGUAACAGGGUUUCUAGCGUUUAUAGCUUACAUGAGAUCUUUACAUGUCUUGGUUGUAGCAACACCUAUGAAUACCGAACAGUAUGAAAGCAUUCUUCAAAUUUCCAUUUGCCAUCAUAUCCCUGAAAAAUACAAUUAUUGUGUACUGCGAAUUUCCCUUCGGGUUUGUUUUUCUUGUUCAUUUAGGUAUAUAAAUGUUUGUGUAAACACACUGUGUGUGUGUUUAUAUAAUUUAGUGCUGUCAAGCGAUUAAUGGCGUCCAAAAAUAAAAGUUUUUGUUUUGUUUACACAAUAUACCUGUGUGUACUGUUUAUAUUUAUUAUGUAUAUAUAAACACACACAUGCAUGUAUAUAUUUAGGAAAAUGUUUUGUUGAUAUAUUAAAUAUAUUUAUAUAUGAUGUAAAUAUAUACAUGCAAAUACAUGUAUGUGUAUAUAGAGUACACACUUUUAUUUUGGAUGCGAUUAAUCUUGAUUACUCGUUUGACAACUGAUACACAACUUAACCAGCAAUAAACAUUGUUUUCGUAGCUACAUUCGUAAUUAUCCCAGCAUGUAUCAGCAAUAAUUUCUGUUUUCUCAGUAAUAGUCUUUGGUUUUUAAAAAUCAGCGCUUGUGCAAUAAACGCUAGUGUUAUGAGCCACGUUGUCAUUUUUCAAU